AUGGAAUCCAAGGGGGAAAUCGAAGAAUUAGAUGAGAAUCAAUUGACAGCCGACAGUGGCGAGCUUUACUUAUUUCAGUGGUUGUCGAAUCUGGAGAGAAGUCUCAGACAUGCGAGUACCGAAACGCUCAAGGAGACGCAAGCUUCAGUAGAAGCUACGCUACUGAAGGUGCUCAUACCUUCGGAGCCAUACCCUUCUCCUGGUCGUCCGCUUCGCAAUCUAGCUGCAAGAUGCCUUCUAGUCCUGUAUCAUCGUGGAGAAUCCAGGUCAUUAUUUGACACGCUAAGGGUGUUGCUAAAGCCAGCCUCUGACAUCAAAGCCACGGAUAAGGAUUCGACUCGGAUCGCCGCAUUCUGGACGAUUGGAGAAUUGAUGGAGGCCUUCGGCUCCCAGUUUAUGUCCUUUAUGGCUGAAACCGCCACCAUCGCCAUAAAAACAUUGAGGUCAUCUGCGUCGCCGCACGUCCGAUAUCAUGCGCUCACUAUGCUCCGGAAAGCCCUGGUUUCAGCCAAGAAGGCUUUGAGUGACUCCCUUGCAAAGGACAUAAUCAAGCAAAUGAAGAACGGUUUAACAGAUAAAGCUCUUCCCGUCCAGCGAGCUGCUGCUGCUGUUUUAACGAUCGUCUAUACUCCCGAAGACUCCGUCACACUUGCAGAUGUGGAGUCAAUCAUGAACGUCUGCGUCAAAAGUCUUGAACACAGUGACCAGGUGACAACGCAAUCGCUGGCGCAGCUAGUGGGACAUAUGCUCGCAGCCACUCAAAUGGAACGUGCUGUGGCAGUCGCAGAGCAAUCACAAAAAGGCAAGAAGGAACAAGAAGACUCCGAUAUCUCUACUCCUGCACAUAUCGCAGCCGAAAACACCAAAAUCCUUUUGACGCCAGGAGAUAUGCUAUCACAAAUCUCCACCCAGUUUAACAAAGCUCACAGCCGCAAAACCCGUGCGGGAAUCUUCAUGUUUUACGUCACACUACUGGCAAAACUCGGGCCAGUAUUUGUGGAAUCCAAUUAUUCCCUACUCGUCAGUCACCUCAUGACCGAGAUCGUCUCCUAUCCCAAGAAUGGAGCCACGAGAUAUGACAAACUCUUCAUCCGGAAGCUAGUCGGCGCUCUUUUACGGGAGCUAAUAGCACUACGAAUGUUGACUGAGCAGGGACAAAUAGCUGCAAUUCAAGAUCUUUCCUCGUCAUACUUGAAAAGAUGGCCAGCAUUAAUGCCGGGGCAGGUGGCUCCAUCUUCAUCCAUCCUAACAAUAGCACUGGAGGAGGUUGCAGGUCUGUUGCAACAACUAGGCAAUGCACCUCCGCCGGUUCAGGACGCUGUCUCUGUGCCAUUGAUGACGCUGCUUACGCAUCCCAGUCACUCGGUUCGUGUCAAUGCGAGUUGGACCCUUCGUUGCUUCUGCUAUUCUACCCCCCUCCGUCUACCGAAGGCAAUGUUGGCGAUCGCGGAGUCUUUACAACGCGACAUUGAAUCCCUUCAAUCUCCUGCAGCUCCUUCGGACAUUGAUCGCCGGACACUUGGUCAUUCCUAUGGUUUGGCAGCUCUUGUCGCCAUUGUGCCACAUCGCCCCCUAUACGUGUCUUUUGAUGUGUCGGCCAGCGUUCUUGACACCGCCACUCAACUCCUUAAGCGCGCUAGUGACCAUGAUGUUCAUAUUGCAGCAGUAGAGGUCGAAGUUGCCUGGACGUUGAUUGCAUCGCUGAUGCUGCUUGGACCAAAUUUUGUCCGCUCACAUCUACCUCAGCUACUGGUACUUUGGCGUAAUACAUUACCGAAACCUACUGCGAAAGACAACGUUUCAGGCCGGUCAGCUGCCGAGUGGAAGUUUCUCCUGCAUGUCCGUGAAAGUGCACUUGGAGCAAUCCUUUGUUUUUUGCUUCACAAUAGCCAACUCACCACUCUCGACGUCGCCCGGAGAAUCUCAUCUCUGCUUGGAAAUGCUCUCUCAUUUUCAAAUGUGUUCUUGUCACAGAGUAUCGAAGAAGUUUCUGGACCUUCGGUGAUUGAAGAUACUGGGCCAUCUAUUCGGACUCGCGAGGCUUCUCUUCGACGUAGAGCAUACCAAUGCUUCUCCGCUCUUGGAACUUCCACUUUGACGGAUUCUGUCCAAUCAAGCUUAUUGCAGUCCGUCCUUACUGUUUUUGCGGGCCCCGAUAUCGAUAACAUAUCUGCAAUGCAAGCCUCAAUUGCGUCUACCUCCGGUAGUUUCACUUCAAUCUGGCAGAUGACAGAUGGUUAUGCUUAUGGACUCACUACACUUGAAACAUCUGAAGACGGGAUUGACCAAAGCACAAUGUCUGAAAAUCCUCGCCGUGGUCACAGCAACAGUGAUAGCAUUGAACACUCAAUAAGUGCCCUGCUACGCAAGCCGAUACUAGGAGCGUGCGAGCACGAUACACUUUCACUUUCUAUGAUAAACCCGUCAGAAGAGGAAAGCUGGUCUUUCAAUGCUCCACCACCUGUGUCGUCAGUCUGUGACGCCGCUAUCGAACUAUUUUCUCAGUUGCUGCCAGCCCAGGACUUGAGCACCACUCUGCGGACAAUCAAUCACUUGAUAGAGUCCAAUCGGUCUCCGAAGCUUGAUAAGAACGCUGGGAGGAGGACCGCUGUAAUGUUGAAUAGCGUCGUGGCCAUCGUACGAACAUUGCGUGUUGCGAUGAUCUCGUAUCAUCGUCAAUCUAAGGAUACCCUUGGGCAUUCUCAAGUCACUACAGCUCUUGGAGCAUUCUUGAAAGAUGCUCUUGUGGAUGGUGACCCCGCCCUAAGAUCUGCUAGUAGCGAGGCCAUUGGGCGCCUUGCCAACAUUUCUGGAAGCUCCUUUUUGACGAGUCAAACCAAGGUGUUGGUUGAUCACAUUGUAAGCAACCGAGAUCCCCAAGGUCGAGCUGGUUGUGCGCUUGCGUUUGGGUCUCUAUACAGCCAUGUCGGUGGACUUGCGGCAGCCCCUAUCUUAAAAACAACAGUGAACCUUCUCAUGUCAUUGAGCAAUGAUUCUCAUCCGCUGGUCCACUUUUGGUCCCUCCGCGCACUGGGACAUGUCAUUAACGCUGCUAGUUUGGCCUUCGCUCCAUUCGUGUCAAGCACCCUGGGAAUGCUACUCAAAAUAUACCUGUCGGACACUCACGAGGCCGAGGGAGGGACACUGAACAACGCCAAUAUUGGUGGUGACUUGCAAGCUUACCCCCUUGUCUGCUAUAUCCUGGAUGCGAUCAUCACCAUUCUCGGCCCUGAUGUUCACGACUCUUCAAGGACGAGAACAAUUGUACUUGACCUUGUCCACGAAUUUUCGGUGGAAGAUGAUGAGCCCAUCCUAGUGGAAGCUAUAAGGUGCAUCCAGCAUCUCCUCAUGUUUGCUCCCGAGCAUGUGGACGUUCCCGAGAUCGUGAAUCGUUUCAGAAGGCACCUUGGUUCACCUAGAAGAUGCCUGAAACUCGCAGCAAUCGAUGCCCUUUAUCAAUUGGUUCAGAAAGACGCUCUAGCAAUGUCUCGAUUGGGUGGAGAUAGCCUUGUGGAGGAUUUGUUUGGAAUGUUAGACGGUGACCCAUCGAUCGAUGGAGUCAGAAACGUAAUUUCAAGUUGGCUACUUCAGACGGCGAUUCACAAUCCAUCCGCCUGGAUUGACCUUUGCCAGAGGAUUAUGUUGCGCAUAAAUGCCUCCCAGAAAGUGGUCAAUACAGCCAACAGUCUCAUGGAUGACGAAGGUCAAUCGUUGAGUGCAUCCAUGUCAAACGAUGACACGCGGCAAAGCAACAUAUCCAUGGUUGCUACGUCACGCUGGAGGACGCAACUAUUUGCACUGCGAUGUUUACACGAAAUUUGCACUCUAGUUGCACGCUUUGGACGCAGAGAGCACAUCGACAUACCUUUCGCUCGUAGCCACGGCAUUCCAGUGAACGGCCUCCUUGUGUCUCGUGUCCCAGAUUUGAUCAAAAUGGCCUUCACAGCAUCUGCAGCAUAUGUCACAGAGAUACGACUAGAAGGAUUGGUCGUAUUACGCGAUGUCAUUCAAGUGUUUUGCCAGGCCCCAGAUCCUGACUAUCCAGACGCUCUCCUACUUGAGCAACAUCAAGCACCUAUCACGGCUGCACUUACUCCCGCCUUCUCUCCAGAUUCCACUCCUGAAAUUCUGUCUUCUGCCAUCGAUGCCUGUGCAGUAUUUGUUGGCUGUGGCGUUGUCAAAGAUCACUCGGAGAGGUUGACGGUAGGCAUAUCCAAAUAUCUCAUCAAUAUAGAUAUUCAUGCUUUUCAAGAAUCUGGCAAUUUAACUAUGGGCAAUUUUGUGGACUUGAGCCCAAAUGCGUCAGGCAUGUUGAGGGUUUCUAUCCUCUCGGCGUGGGCUCGUCUAGAAAUUGCUAGUUCUGAGCAGACGUACCUUCUGGAUGUCAUCAAACCAUACAGAUCGAUCUUGGCACCGCAAUGGAUUGCAAGCCUUCGCGAUUAUGCUGUCAUCCGGGCAGAUUCCGAAUUCAUACACGAUGCGUCAGCGGUAGCUUUAGACCCGUCGUAUGCAAGCCUGGGUAAAGUAGUCCUACUCCCUUACUACGCUUCUUCCUGGGCAACUAUCCUACAAGCUAUCGCGAACGCCAUGAAUCGCUCCGAUCAAUCCAUUUCAGCUGCCAUCCUUGGGAAGGAGGUGGGAUCAUCUGUCAAUGGUAUCGACUCCAUGGCAGAAGGGCCAGCGCCCCUUUUCUUCCCCCUCUUUGGCCUUAUAUAUGAAGCUCUCGCGACGUCCUCGCCAGACACCAGUUCACGAGUUGACACGGUGAUUGCCUGCCUGGGGGCACUGAAAUGCCUUCUCGAUCCUCGCUAUUCUGGGAAAGCCCUUUUGGAGCCUACUAUCUUUCAAGAAUUCAUGAGUCUCAGUCACCGAAUCGCUAUGACAGAAUCUGCAGAGGUACUCAUUCACCUGAUCACUGUCCUGACCACUUUUGCCAAACACUUCGGCCAAUAUUCCAGCAGCAAGGAGAGUCAAAGCAACACAGCCAUUCUUCCCGAUUCAGUGUCCACUCAUUGUCUCAAGAUUUUUGCCUACACCAUUCGACACUCUCGUCACAAUCCAGGAACGUCAUCGAUAAAAGGCGAUCUGUCUGAUAUUGCAAAGAUGAUUUCUGGCUCCCUGAGUGCCUUCCACCUCAUUGCCUCGACGACAGAACUUGUUGUUCGAGAAGAUGUACGGGGAAUAGGCUGCGUUCUCUAUGGCGAACUGCUGAAAGAUGAAACAUCGGAAGCGGAUUUGAUAACUCCCACUCUUCCGGCUUUCAAAUCCUUGCUGGCCAUUCCAUGUCAUCCUAGUGUCCGCGAACGUUACGGGAAGCUUAUCCAUGGCUUGUUGUCUUCAUGUCUUUUGAACGCGGAUGAGAUGAGGGGACGCGAAGGUUUAAUUUCGUCGAGAAAAGUCAAGACUAACCUUCUCGCGGCGGUGCUCAUCUUGACCAUCAUUCCUCCACAAGUGGCGGUUUCUCGUGAUGUGGUGGAGCACUUGUUCUUCCUUAUAUCACAAAAGCUUGAAGAAGGCGACCAGCAGAUGGCUCUUGUGGCCGUUCACUGCGCCAAAACUCUUGCAAUCGCUGCGUCUGGAAGUGAACUUCUUCGAGCCUGCGUUCGGCUGCUUCUUCCCGCACUAAUCCAAUAUGUUGCCAAAAUGGUACCUCGAGUGGAUGACGGAACAGUGUCAGAACAGCAAGCCAUCUCGAUAGACGAGGUUUGGAAAACAUUUGCGACACUCGUCUCGCUGGCUAAAGAGGAACAACGUUCCCGUCUAUUGAGUGUACUGCUACCAACAAUCACAUUACUUCUACGCCCAUCUCAGAUGCCUCCAUCAACGAUACAUUCUAGUGGCAUAGCACACUUGCUUUCCCUGGCAGCUAGCUCGCCUGCGUCCUUCAAAGAGGCCACUACUCAGCUGGACCCCUCUGUGCGGGAAGUACUUGAGAUGUCAAUUCGGAAGGCUGUUGAAGGCGCCGCGGGCACAGUGCAGCAGAGUAUGAAGCCGCAGAUCUCCCUGAGAUCAUUUUGA